GGAACCACCGAGAUGGGCGGCCUAGAGGGAUUGUGGACGCCUGCGCUCGGUUCUGCAUGAUCUUUGAGAGAACCGCUUCUAGGGGUUAUGAGGGAAAGAGGGUAAAUUCUGGCUAGCUCUUCUUGCCAGUCCCGUUACGCGCCGGCUCCCUCGUUUUCCUUAGCGCCUCGUCAGCACUCUGCCCCUGAACUCGCCUCCCUCUGACUGGAUGCCCCGGCGUCUCGGCCUCACAGAAGCCGCCGAGGUGGCUGCGGCGCCUCUAGAGUCCUGGUCUAGUCCCUUGCCCACCGAGGCGUGAUCCUUUUUUUGUCUAAAAGAAGUUGGCCCAACAGCCUCCUGUGGCCGCUUUUAAGGUUCUUGCUUUUCCAAAGCGGGAGGAGUGCACAGAGCCAGGGGACAUCAGCCAUGCUCCAAACCACUUGGCCUCAGGAGCCAGUGACCUUUGAGGACGUGGCCGUGUACUUCACCCAGAACCAAUGGGCCAGCCUGGACUCUGCACAGAGGGCCCUGUACAGGGAGGUGAUGCUGGAGAAUUACGCAAAUGUGGCUUCCCUCGUGUCUCCAUUCCCCAGACCUGAUCUGAUCUCCCAGCUGGAGAGAGGGGAAGCUCCAUGGGACCCCGAUCCCUGGGAAACAGAGGAUUUGAGAGGCAUCUGUCCAGGUGGUGAGAGGGGCAUCAAGACAGAAGAGCCAGCAGUAGAGCAGCAAGCCUCCGAGGGCACAGAGGCCCACGGCAGGCCCGUGGGAGGGCCUCUCACUAACGGGUCUCAGCACUUGGAUUUUGAAAGCAAGGCAGUGUGGCAGACUAUCAAUCUGAACCCGAAUCUGAUACUUCGAGGUGGCAUGAAGUUCUACAAAUGCAAAGAAUGUGGGAAGAUCUUCCGAUAUAACUCAAAGCUCCUUCGGCAUCAGAGGAGCCACACUGGGGAAAAGCCCUUCAAGUGCAAGGAGUGUGGCAAAGCUUUCAAGUCCAGCUACGACUGUAUCGUACAUGAGAAAAAUCACAUUGGUCAAGGACCCUAUGAAUGUAAGGAGUGUGGCAAAGGUCUGAGUUCCAACACUGCCUUGACCCAGCAUCAGAGGAUCCACACGGGGGAGAAGCCCUACACAUGUAAGGAGUGUGGCAAGGCUUUCCGCCGGAGCGCCGCCUACCUGCAGCACCAGAGGCUGCACACUGGGGAGAAGCUCUAUAAAUGUAAGGAGUGUUGGAAAGGUUUUGGGUGUAGGUCACUUUUUAUCGUCCACCAGCGCAUCCACACUGGGGAGAAACCCUACCAGUGUAAGGAGUGUGGGAAGGCAUUCAGCCAGAAGAUUGCCUCCAUUCAGCAUCAGAGAGUUCACACCGGAGAGAAGCCCUAUGAGUGUAAGGUGUGUGGGAAAGCCUUCAAGUGGUACGGCAGCUUUGUUCAGCAUCAGAAAGUGCACCCCAUGGAGAAGAAGCCCAGCAAGGCUCUCGGGCCGCCCUUGCUGCGUCCCCAGGGCCCCUCUGCAUCCUUAGCUCCCGGGUGUCUCCCGGGCCUGGGCUCUGGUCCUGCUAUGGCCGUGGCCUUGCCACACGCUGUCCUCAUUCCUGCCUCCGGGCCCGUGUUCAUGCUGCUGCCCGCCUCCGGGGUUCUUUCUUCCCCUGUCCAAGUAGUUCGUGUCUUCCAGGGUCUUCCUUCGGCUGUGAAGCCUUCCCCAGUUAUUCUGACCCCUUCUCCUCACGCCCCGUGACCUCUCUCAUGGCACUUCUCUGGCUGUUACAGCGGAUCUCUAACCUACCUUCAGCUUGAUCUGUAGCUUUUACACUGUACCUGUGUUCCUCCUAUUUCAGCAUAAACCCCAUUGUAAUUGAGAUAUAUUUAAAGAUAUAUUUACAUGUGUUUAUAUAAUGUAUUCUGUUUUCUUUUGGGUAGAUAAUGGAAACACUUCUGUAUUGGUUCCUUUCAGACUUGAACAGUAACAACUGUAUCUGCAUCAUGGGGCUGCUGGUUUGGGAAGUGCUGGUAGGACACGGUGGAGAAUUAGGCACCUUUGAGAUAGGACAUCCCCAUAUAAGGCCCCUGUGAUGUGACAGAAGCUGCCUGGGAGAAACAGGCAUGUAAGAGCUGUCAAAGUUGAGAAGUGGCAUAAGCUUACAACCAGGGCCUUUAAAAAUAAAUGCAGGUGGUUCAGUGGCUGAAGGUGUGUAUUCAUGCAGGUGAAGUUGGGUUGUCCUUGACAUGGAUCGUUGAGGAUCUUGUACGUCCCUGCGAAAAAUCUGUGAAAUAGCCAGUUAGAAAGUGUGGCUUACCUGGUGGCUCAGUGGUAAGGAAUCCCCCUGCCAAUGCAGGAGACAUGGGUUUGAUCCCUGCUCUGGGAAGAUCCCAUAUGCCAUGGGGCAACUAAGCCUGCGUGUGACAACUGCUGAGCCUGCGCUCUAGAGCCUGGGAGCCGCAGCUGCUGAAGCCUGCAAGCCCUAGAGCCUGUGCUCUGCAGCAGGAGGAGCCCACUUCUCACUGCAGGGAGAAGCCCAUGUCCUGCGGCCAGAGAGGAGCCCCCACUUGCUGCAGCUGGAUAAGAGCCUGUGCAGCAAUGAAGACCCAGCACAGUAAAAAAUAAGUAAAUAAUAACUACAAAAGUGUUAAAAUAAUUUGAAAAAUGAUAGCAAUCAUUUAUAUGAUUGAGAGCAAUCAGGUCUUGAAACAUGAGAUUGUUUGUCUUUAGUUUUGCUCUUGAGACCUGGCUGUUUCUUUUCUUUUUUCUUUUAAGCAAAUGAACUUAAAAAAAAUUUAUUUGGCCAUUCCAGGUCUACACUGUGGCACAGGCGCUUCUCUAGUUGUGACACACAGGCUUAGUUGCCCCGCGGUAUGUGGGAUCUUAGUUCCAUGACCAGAGAUCGAACCCAGGCCCCCUUACAUUGGGAGCUCGGAGUCUCAGCCACUGGAUCACUUUGGAAAGUCCCUGGUUGUUUCUUUUUAACUUUGGUUUCUUUAGUACAUGUACACCAAGACAUUCAGCUUUGCUCCAUCCAUUGUAUAAAUUUUUCUUAGUGGGCAUUUUGGCUUCCUAUUUGCAAGUGGCAUUGGUUUCUGCACUUUUCUCCAGAUAGCAUAAAUUAUAAAUAUGAGUUUGGCAAAUUACUAAAGAAAUAGGAGCAGGUGAUCUGGGGGAAAUCUGAAUAUGCCUAUGGAAUUUUUUUUAAAAUAAUUUUUAUUUAUUUAUUUUGGUUUGCAUUGGGUCUUUGUUGCUACACAUGGGCUUUCUCUAGUUGUGUGGGGGCUCCUCACUGCAGUGGUUUUUCUUGUUGCAGAACAUGGGCUCUAGGGUGCCUUGACUCAGCAUUUGUGGCACAUGGCCUUAGUUGCCCCAUGGUAUGUAGAAUCCUCCCAGGCCAGGCAUCAAACCUGUAACCCACCAGGCUCCUCUAUCCCCCACUGUCUCAAUACAUGUUAGCUCAGUACAUGUCCAUUGAUCAGUGAUGCUAUCUAAAGAUUUCAUUGUCUGCUGUCCCCUUUUCAUUUUGCCUUCAGUCUUUCCCAGCAUCAAGGUCUUUGCCAGUGAGUCAGCUAUUCGCAUCAGGUAGCCAAAGUAUUGGAGUUUCAGCUUCAACAUUAGUCCUUCCAAUUAAUAUUCAGGGCUGAUUUGAUCAUGUUGCAGUCCAAGGGACUCUCAAGAGGUUGUGACAGGUUAGUGAAGUACAAUUUUGGAUUGGUCUUGCUUUAGACCUAAAAUGAGGUCUUUUAUAACUAUGCAAAGGACUAUGUGAAGUAAUUUCUGGGAAAAGAACUUGAGUUAUGCAUUAUAGACACAGCUUAUUUUAUUGUGCUUCAUUGUAUCUGUUUUGCAGAUACUGUGUUUUUUACAAAUUGAAAGUUUGUGGCAGCACUGCAUUAUCAUAUUAUGGCUAAGAUAUUUUAGCAAUAAAGUAUUUUUUAAUUAA